AGUCUUUUAUUUUUUUAAGUAAAGAAAUCCCCUUGAAUCAAAGAUAACAAAAUUACAGUUUUUGUUUGUAAUGAUCUUUACCACCACACAGAAUCAGAAUAGAACCAAAAGUAACAUGGGAACACAAAAUGAUCAAGGACACCAUGGUUCAGUAUAAUUUCUUAAUAAAGGUAAAUAUCCUCAUAUUUAGAAAAAGUUGCAUUGCUAGUUGCAAAUCUUAAACACCUCAGUGCUGGAGGACCCAGUAUUUACCACCACCACCCCUAAAAUCCAGCAGCACAGAGGUUUUCAGAACACAAACUCAAAAAUACAUUAUUUUCAGGGCAGCAUUUGAAGUGUCAGAAAAUCCAAACAAGAAGAAAUAAACAAAACUUUGGAAUGUGAAAGGGAUGGUUCUCAAAAAUCAAUCUGGAAGCAGAUCUGCCAACAGAAGAACGUGGCUGAAUGGAGUCUUCCCAGGAAAGGGGAGAUGCAAACGGGCUCCCACCCCCUCCCCCUGCCCCUGGUGUCGCCAAGGCCGCUGCAGUGGCAGAAGUCAGAAGCUCAGGUAGAAAGAUGGCCUAUCAGAAGGUCAAUGCAGAUCAAAGAGCUCCAGGACAUUCUCAGUACUUAGACAAUGAUGACCUUCAAGCCACUGCCCUUGACUUAGAGUGGGACAUGGAAAAGGAACUGGAGGAGCCUGGUUUUGAUCAGUUCCAGUUAGAUGGUGCUGAGCAUCAGAACGUGGAGAAUUCAGAGACUGCAGAUCUCAAUCUUGAGUCCAUUCAACCAGCAAGUUCACCAAAAGGAAGGUUUCAGCGACUUCAAGAAGAGUCUGACUAUGUUACCCAUUAUACAAGAUCUGCACCAAAGAGCAACACCUGCAACUUUUGCCGCCUUUUAAAAAUAUUUUGCACAGCUGUCAUUUUAUUUAUUUUUGGAAUUUUGAUAGGCUAUUAUGCACAUAAAAAUUGCCCUUCAGAUGCUUCAUCUUCAGAAACACUUGAUCUUCAGUUAUACCAAGAGAUUCUCAAGACAAUCCAAGCAGAAGACAUUAAGAAAUCUUUCCGAAAUUUGGUACAACUAUAUAAAAGUGAAGAUGACACAGAGAUUUCAGAGAAGAUUAAAACUCACUGGACUUCUUUGGGCCUAGAAGAUGUACAGUUUGUAAAUUAUUCUGUGCUGCUUAAUCUGCCAGGCCCUUCUGCCAGCUCUGUGACUCUGAGCAGCACUGGCCAAUGCUUUCAUCCUAAUGGCGAGCCUUGCAGUGAAGAAGCCAGAAAACAGAGCGGCCAGGAUCUGCUCUACUCAUAUGCAGCCUAUUCUGCCAAAGGAACUCUCAAGGCUGAAAUUAUUGAUGUGAGUUACGGAGAUGCAGACGAUUUGAAAAGGAUUAAAAAAAUGAAAAACAUAACGAAUCAGAUUGCGCUCCUCAAAUUAGGAAAAUUACCACUACUUUAUAAGCUUUCCUUAUUGGAAAAAGCUGGAUUUGGAGGUGUUCUUCUAUAUAUUGAUCCUUGUGAUUUACCAAAGACUGCAAAUCUUAGUUAUGACACCUUCAUGGUGUCACUGAAUCCAGGAGGAGACCCUUCUACGCCUGGUUACCCAAGUAUUGAUGGAAGCUUUAGGCAAAACCGAUCAAACCUCACCUCUCUACUAGUGCAGCCCAUCUCAGCAUCUCUCGUUGCAAAACUGAUCUCUUCGCCAAAAGAUAGAACCAAAAACGGCAUCUGUAGCCACCUAGAACUUCCAAAUAAUGAAAAAAGGGUUAUCAACUUGCAAGUUCAGACAAUUACAAAAUUCAAAACAGUUACUAAUGUUGUUGGAUAUUUAAAGGGCUUGAUAUCUCCAGAUCGAUAUAUCAUAGUCGGCAGCCACCAUCAUACUGCAUACAGUUAUAAUGGACAAGAAUGGGCCAGUAGCACUGCCGUAAUCACAGCUUUCAUCCGGGCCUUGAUGUUAAGAGUUAAAAGAGGGUGGAGACCAGACCGCACUAUUGUUUUCUGUUCAUGGGGUGGAACAGCUUUUGGCAAUAUUGGCUCAUAUGAAUGGGGAGAGGAUUUCAAGAAGGUUCUGCAGAGAAAUGUUGUGGCUUAUGUUAGUCUCCAUAGUCCCAUAAGGGGAAACUCAAGUCUGUAUUCUGUAGCUUCACCAUCUCUUCAGCAACUGAUAGUACAGAAAAGUAAUUUCAACUGUUCCAGAAGAGCUCGGUGCCCAAAAACCAAUGUCAGUUCUGUACAGAUUCAAGGUGAUGCCGAUUAUUUCAUCAACCAUCUCGGAGUUCCCACCAUUCAGUUUGCUUAUGAGGACAUCAAAGCACUGGAGGGUCCAAGUUUUCUCUCUGAGGCCAUUUUCUCUAUACAUGCAACAAGAAUUGAAGAAAUGGAUCCUUUUUUCAACCUUCAUGAAACCAUUACCAAGCUUUCAGGAGAAGUGAUUUUACGAAUUGCCAAUGAACCAGUUCUGCCCUUUAAUGCUCUGGAUAUAGCUUUAGAAGUUCAAAACAGCCUUAAAGGUGAUCAAGCCAACACACAUGAGUUGUUAGUUCUGGCCUCACACCUUCGGGACAGUGCUGAACUCUUUCAGUCAGAUGAGAUGCGUCCUGCUAAUGAUCCCAAGGAAAGAGCUCCCAUCCGGGUCCGAAUGUUGAAUGAUAUUCUCCAAGACAUGGAGAAAAACUUCCUGGUACAGCAAGUGCCACCAGGUUUUUAUAGAAAUAUCCUGUACCACCUUGAUGAGAAGACAAGCCCAUUUUCAAUCCUCCUGGAGGCUUGGGAGCACAGCAAGUCACUUGCAUCAAAUGAGACCCUUCAAGAAGCCCUAUCAGAGGUGUUGAACAGCAUUAAUUCAGCUCAGGUUUACUUCAAAGCAGGACUCGAUGUGUUCGAGAGUGUCUUGGUUGGAAAGAACUGAGAAAACUCUCAGCAUUUUAAAAAGUUUGUUUACAAUUCCUCAAGCAAAAGCUCUAAUCUAACCAGAUUUUCUAACAUUUAAGACUUUUUAGCCCCAAUGGCUUUCUAUAGAAGUCUAAAGCUAUUAUUAUGUUGUAUUUUUUAAUGUACAUAUCAAAAGAGCAUUUUGCACAUUUAAUAUUUUUCUUAUAUCUACAUUUAUGAAUACAUAAAAGCAAGUUAUUGAAAUAAUACUUAAGAUUUAUCUAUUAAAAAUGAAAUCUGCUGUAUUUUUAUAUAUAUAAAAUAUUUGGUGUGAAAGUUUCAAGAAGUACUGGACAAUCUCUAUGCCUAUGGAUGAAACACACAGGAACAGAAGUUACUCCCUAUGUUAGAACUAUUAAUGACAUAGUUUCUGUAAUAGAAAUGGAGAGUUGGUAUGGUUUCAGAUUAACUUCACUAUUAAGUAUUUAAUAUGAAGAUUUCAAGUAUUCUGACGGAGUGACUGGUUAACCAAAACCACUUUGAAUGUUUCUAGUUUAUGAAAUGAAGUGCCUGUUCAUAACACAACUAGAUGUAGUAAUACACUGGUUAGGAAAUUGUAUUUCUUUAAAGUGUUAAUGAAAAAAAAAGAGCCUUAAACAUUCCAGGGGAAAAAAAAAUCUCAAGGUAGCUGCACAGAGCAAUUUAAAUGUAAAUUUUUUUCCUAACAACUUAUAAGGUGACUAGCUUUGAAACCCCUAAUUUGCCUCAGUUGAUUUUAUAAAAAAUUCAGGAAUGAUAGAUGUCUUACAAGGGAAAAAGUAUUUCCUAUUGCUUCUGUUGUUUCUGUUGGAAGCACUGAAACCUAGCUACUCUAAAAUGAAAGCAUAUCACAUCGCUCUUCCCCCUUGUACUUUUUCUGAAACUCCUUGCUGUAAGGCAGUUUUCACAGAAUACCAUAUAAUUUAGACAGGAAAGUAGGAACAGCUCUCUUUGAAAACCCAAGGCAUCUUAAAAAGCAUCAAAUUGCUAUCUCUGCCACUGACAGAGAGGAUUUGCUAAGAAUGAAACAGUUGUUUCGAUCAAUGAAAAGUCUCUUCAUUCUAUGAAGAAACGUGAUGUUUUUUCCUUCUCUAUCCUGGUGAUCGAGAUGAAAACAUAGAAGAUAUUCAUGCUCGUAAUUUUAUGCAGAAAAUACAAUGUUACUUUAAAAGUGUGUCUUUCCCAUGCUUCAAAUCUUCUCUCCUGUGGAGAAUGAAGUUUUUCGUGUUGACAUUGUCACUGAGUGGCCCUAGCAUUCACCCAUUCACCCUCCUCUGAAACCCUAGAAUUCUGUCUAGAUGAUAGUUUCAACUUUUAGCUUACCUUUAAAAAUGUUCUUCUGAUAUUGGAUAAAGCAAUUCCCCUUAGGGAAUAUAUCCUCAUAAUAUUUCAUGUGUAUUUUCUCUGCCUAACACAACCUUCACCACUUCCGUGCAUCAUUGCAGACGGUGCCUGUCUGUUUCAGCCCUCUCAGCCCUCACUUUUUAUGGAUGAGCAUAAACCGAAUCUUAGUUUAAAGGGAGACUAAAGUUGAGAGGAAAGAAUUAAUCAGUAUCGAUUAAUUGAUUUAUAAGGGUCAGCUCUUCCUACCAUCAGUGAUGUUUAUAUGGUCUAGGCAAAGAAGAGAAUUGAGAGAGUUAGCUAGAUAAUUCAAGCAGAAAUCUAUUUUCAUUGAAAUGCCUCUGUGCACGUAUUUCUACAUGACAAAUGAAACUACCUUACCUUUUUUUUUUUUUUUUUUUUUUU